CCUUACCUCAAUUAAAGAUGGCGGCUCUUCUCACCUGUAAGCGCCUUCUCUGCCCCUCUUCUUUUACAUUCCAGCUGAGAAAAAUGCGCAGUAUUUUACUUACAAGUUUUAUUGCAAGAUGGAGCUCAUCGAGGUAGUAUGCUAAAAUCAAUUUAUUCCAUUAAUGAUUUUAUCAUUAAGAUGAUUGAUCUUAGUACGACCUUUGCCGUGCGACUAGUUCUCGUAGGCUGACAAAACUCGAGAUGGUCGGUGGUCUAAGAUAUCGCAUUAGGAGAUUGACGAGUUGGAUUUUGAUUUCCAAGUUUAAGUCCUGGAAGGAUCACUAUGUUGUAUUCUUUGGCAAAAAAAUUCACUUUCACACUUAAGAGCACCACGACUGUGCAUCAUAUGUAAUGUUUGGGCCGUUUGAUCUUUUGACCUGAAAUAGUGUACAUUAUUACAAAAUUUUGUAAGGUUCACAUCAUUAUUGUAAGCUACAACCUCUUCGUUUUUAUGGCAGCCCUGUAGGACCAAAGAUAUAUACCAGAACUGGAGAUACAGGUAAUUGAAGAUACACCAAAAUAAUUACGGUAAUUUUCCCAUACUUAAUUUGAACUCAUGGGUAGAGCAUAUUACACCGGAACAUAUCACAACAUGCUUUAAACCAGUGAUGAAAUGCACCUGCUUAAUAUAAGGCACAAUGUACGAAGUCCACUAUGCUAUCAUUUAUUUUUCUCACCAAGAAUGAUAUGUGCACCUUAAUUCCUGUUUGGCCAUGUUUAUGAUCUGCUCUCAGAGUAUGGCUAUAUUGAAGAAGAUGCUUUGGCCUCGCCUAUGAUCAGGCAUUCUUUUUAUUCCAACGAGAACACCAGAUCACAGGCUAGCUGUAACCCAGUGAUUAAUGCACAAGAGUGUAGAUGGAGAGGUCUUGGUUUUGAGCCCUGGUUUGUCAUCCACCUUUUCAUGGUUAUUCACUCUUACAUGACCAUUUGUCAGCAAAGACCAUGGGAUAGGUGGAUUUAGGGUGAUAGACACAUUUAACCCUCAAGCAUUUGAUUUCUCCUUACCAUAUUGCUGCUGAAUCAAACUUAAAGGUUUAGAGAAUAAAGGGAAUGAUCACCAACUAAAGAAACUCUUGGUUUUUUAAUAAAUUCUCCUUGUCUAGUACAAAAGGAAACAUAUAGAGAACACUAUGAAGAAGAUGCAUACUGAUGUCAAGCUGUAAACAAAGAAUUGAUUGCUUGAAAUUGGUUACAAAGUGCUCCUCAAAAUAUGUCCCAAAGUGCCUAAAUUUUUGAAACCUUUACACAUAAGAAUUGACCUCAGGACCAUUACCAUAAAACUGUAAUCCAUGCAACUUUUGGGUUCCCUCAUUGCAAAAUUAAUUCAUAAAGGUCUGUAAAGUGUCAAAGCAAACCCGAGCAAAUCUGUUGGGCUGACAUCCCAUCCUGGAGACCUAAUCUUUACUAAAAGUUAUUAUUUUUUCAAUGGGAAUAUUGAUUUAUCAGGAUACACAAGUACAUACGGUGGAGAGCGUCGUGCAAAAACUGACCAACUGUUUGAGGCAUUAGGAGAAAAUGAUGAAUUAAAUUCUUUCAUUGGGUAAUACAUUUGAACAUUGCUGUUUACUCUGUAAAUAUUAUGUUUUAUGCAUUAUAUUGUUUGAAGCUUUAUUGGAUAUGAAUAAAAGGGAUAGGUAUAACUUCAAUGAGGGGAUUCCUCUGACAUUUCUGCUUUUUGUUUGGCUAAUUUAAAAAUAAAUUAAAGAUAUUAUGUAAGACAGUGCUUUCUUAUUAGACGUUUUCUACAGACCUGUUUGCAGUAUUUAAUUAAAAUAAAAAUUUAAUUUUAUGAGUGGGCAACCACCUAAACACGCCUGUAAGUUUAUGCCAUAUAUUUUUUAGAUGGGUGAGUUGAAAAUGACCAAAUACAACAAUGAGUAAAAAUACUAUUUAUACUGCACACUAAAACGACUAAUAAGUUAUUUAAUAUCCAACUGGUUCAUUUGAUAUGCAUUUCAUAUGAGGUGGGAAAAGUAAAGCAGAUAGAGAAGCUUAGCAUGCCCAGCAGAUCAGUGAAAUAUUUUAAGGAACUUGAUUUUAAUGUAAAAUCUGUCCAGUUGCUACCCAGGCUUUACCAUGAUGUUAAAUGCUUCUAAAUAUUCCAUGCCUUAAUUGCUGUAGUCAAUUUAUUCAGAUGUAAAUAUGUGAACUCAUGAAAUAUUUCUCUUUUUAGAAACUUAUUGAACAUUUUUAAAAUUUUUACUAUGGUAGUUGUGUUUUGUAAGUAAUGUUAACCCUAUUUUAAUGUAGUUUCAUGUUAUAAUUAUUUUCACACAACCCCAAAAGCUUUGAGCUUUAAACCCUAUCAUGUUUAAGUAAAGGAUAUUACUAUUAUUACAGGUUUUUUUCACAGUACAAAAUAACCAACUGUUCAGUAUCAAGGGAUAUUUGUACUUGACUCAUAUGUUAUUUAUACCUACUCUAUUUAAUGCAGUUGGAUAACAAUCAAGUUUAUUGGCUUUAUUAUGUCGUAGACUAGCAAGUGAAUUCUGUGAAGAGGCAGGGCAUAAAGAUGUUGUAGAAAAACUCGAGCAGGUAAUGACUUUAUUUGCUUUGCAGACAAUUAAUAUGUUGAUGGGAUUGACCUGUAGUUUAUUCUGAUUUAACCCUUUGACCCUUUCACUCCCAUGAGUGACCAAGACAGAAUUUCUCCUUACAAUAUCCAUACAAUAUCAAGCAGACAAGUGAUGAGAGUAUAGAAAAAUAUCAGUUAGGUGAUUAUAAGUUGAUCCAAUACCAAGUUCUCCAAACUAACAUCACAAGAACUGUAUAGCAGACAGUAAGGAGAAUUACUAAUGAGAUCUUGGGAGUUAAAGGGUUAACUGCCACAAGUGACCAAGACAGAAUUUUUCCUAACAAUAUGAAUAUAAUAUCAAGAAGACAAGCGUUCAGAAUAAAGAAAAAUAUCAAUUAGGGGAUUAUUGGUUGAUCCAAUUUUAAACUCUCCAAAUUAACAUUACAAUAAUGGUAUAGGAGACAGUCCAGAGAAUUACUAAUAUGAUCUAGCAAGUAACAGGGUUUACACAUUUCAUUUUGGGUAAGGGUGAUCUUUCUCUUGCAAAUGGCACUUCAAGAUUAAGGCCUUUUUAGAGGAGCUUUCCCCAGCAGCACUCUUGUGUGUAACAACCCCUUACUUGCAUUUCACAGAAACACUGCCAAUUUUGAAACCUCUACAGAUUCAGUGCAUUCUGCAGGACAUUGGUUCAAAUAUCGCAACACCUCGACAAUCUUCAUCUGAAAGGAAAAUAGGUAAGAGAAACACAAUAUAUUAAUCAUAUGACAUAGAAGAUUUGUUAAAUCAGCCUGAUGCUUCUAGGUUAUCAUAGGGACCUUGAAAUGGACAGCUGUAAUGGCCAAGUUUCAUUUUUUUUAAAACAAGUUGAGGAUAAAUCGGUGGAGGGCAACCACUUUUCUGCAAAUUGACUGUCACAUAAACCUAAAAUAAAGCAUACUUAUUGACUGAAUCGGAGGGCCAAAGAGUAAUAUAUUUGGUUCAUUAGGUCAUGAUACUAUAACUUCUGAGAAUUCUUAAUCACACAGUUGUACAAAUUGAGACAAAGAUGAAGAAUAGUAGGCUUUAAUUUUGUUUUAACUAGGUGAGGUUCCCACUUCCUUGUUUGGCUUUUCUCUUGUUCUUUUGAGUAUUUUGUAAUUCUGUUAUUUUCAUUGAUGUUUCAGAUAUAGCUGUGACUUAUUUUUCAGUGGUGAAAUUGCUCAAAAAUAUAGGCCCAUUACACAAAAAAUUAGCUUACAAACAAUGUUGCUGUCAAAAACGUUCAUUUUGGCUCCAUUUGCAACCUUCUGCAAGCUGUAUGUUAACUUUAAAAUAAAAAGAAUUUUUUUGUUAUUUUGAUUUUUCAGAAAAAACUAAAUUUAACCAGGAGAAUGUGAAAACUCUGGAAGAAUGGAUAGAUUCCUAUCAUACGCAACUUCCUUCACUCAGAAAUUUUAUUUUACCAGUGAGUGUCAAUCUGAUUUUACUGAGUGGCUAGAAUCAACUUAAACUUUAAUUUAAGGAACAUAGCUCACUUAUGUUUGGUAAUAUGUACAUGGAAAAUUUGAACAUGCUCAUUGGUAGCAGAUGGGAGAUGUGGUUGGAGAAGUGCCCUGGGCCUUGGGUGUAGAGUUGUGUUCUUGGGCAAAACACUUCAUUCUUAAAAUGCCUCUCUCCACCCAGAAGUAUGAAUAGGUGCUGACAUGUUGUCAAGGAAGCCUGAUGAAAGGCAGAAGAAACUUAGCAAACAGUAUAUAAUUGUUCAUAUCAAGUAAAAUAAUAAUAGCUGCCAAGUCAGUUUAUUGAUUAAUUGUUCUGUUCCUGAGAUUAGAAAGCAUGUUUAGUUUACCUGGAAUGUUAAGAGUAGUAAUCGAUGAGGAUUUUGUUUUUUUUGUUGUUGUUGUUGUUGUUGUUGUUUUUCAGUCAGGAGGGAAAAGCAGUGCAACGUUACAUGUAGCAAGAUCAGUUUGUCGUCGAGCUGAGAGAAGGUAGGCUGUUAUGCUAAUGUAAUUUCUUUGCUCAUAGUUCUCUCGUGCCUAUAUUCAGUUCAUUGGCCUGCAUUGUGUGUGGGUUUUUCAUUUGAAGGGGGGGGCUUGAUUAAAAUAAAGACAAUAGCACCACUUUGAGCAGCGGAGGUUCUUCCGCCCCAAACCUCUAGCGACUUCAUUACUAAUUUUUGUGGAUACACCAUUCAAUGCUGCAAAGCACAUACAAAACCUAUAGCCAUGCUGGCUACUAUUGUUAGAUUCUGUAUUCAAAAGAUGAACCUUUUGAAAGGCGUAGUUGAUCUUGUGUUAUUGGCAUCCACAUUUGUGAACAACCACAUGACAAUGGUAUAUGAGUACGUAGGAAAAAAAGCUAGUCAAAGUUUUGCAGUGCGGCUGUGUUACUGGUACUAAAGAGGGUAAGUUUCUAAAUAAACUGUGGUGCUAUGUCGGUGGAAGAGUAUAACAGGGUAAUUUAGAGUUAUCAACUGAGUUAGUAACGUAAAUUGGCCACCGUGUAGAGUUUUAAAGCUGAUGGCUUUGACGAAGGGCUAACGCUCGAAACGUCAGCUUCGAAACUCUUUACGGUUCCCAUUUUACGUUAUCAACCCAGUUGAUAAUACAAAAUUACCCUGUGUUACUAGUAAGCCGAAGGAUAACUCUAUACAAAGUUUAACAUGUUCUUUGGUUGUGGUUUUCUUGUGUAGAGUUGUUCCUUUGGUCCAGAGCGGAAGCGUAGAUCCAGAAGUUGGAACUUUCUUAAACAGGUGAUCUUAAGAAAGGAUUCGUAUCUUCGAUUUGUCUUUCUCAGGAAGUUCAACUGAAGUAAUGUAAUUUUUUACAUGUAACAGUCAGAGCUAAGUUUGCUUCCUGUCCAACCAGGGGUAAGUUUGUAAAGAAACUGUGUUACUGCGUCGGUAGGGGAGUAUAACAAGAUAAUUUUGUUUUAUCAACCGAGUCGAGAAUGCAAAUUGGCCUCCGUGAAGAGUUUCCAAGGCUGAAGUUUUGAGCAUUAGCCCUUAGUCAUUCGCUCCGAUGUGUGGCUAACGCAGGAAACGUCAGCUUUAGCAACUCUUUACGGUGGCCAAUUUAUGAUUGACUAAGUUGGUUUUUUGCUGAACUUCCACCCUCUGUGCAGUGACAAAUCAGACUGGAAUCUACCUUUUUUUCGUUUUUGCGGAGGUUUCAACCCUAUUUUAAUGUAAUUCUCUGUGAACUCAGUCCGUAAUGACAACCGUUUUUAAUUAUCGUCUUUCUCUUUCCAAGGCUAAGUGAUUUUCUCUUCACCACGGCGCGAUUUGUCGCCAAAGAGGAAGGAAAACAUGAGAAAAUAUAUCGUCCAGUUCAAAGAUGA